UUUUUGGACAUUUAUCCCCCAACCACACAAUUUUUUAAAUCUGCACAACCACCCGUCUGCAGGAACCCCCAGACACAGCAGGCUACACCAGCCAGCUGUUGGAUUACAGCCACAGCACUAUCUCAUCGGGGGGAAGGCGUGUCACUCCCCCGAAUUACUCAGAUCCCCUUUGUCCUCGGUGCCCAGCCAGCGACACUCAUGGCGGCUGCACCCGUCAGACAGCGCUCCGGGCCAGGGGGACCCCGGGCGCAGCUCCCGCCCUGCUACUACGAAGGAUACCUGGAGAAGCGAGGACCGAAAGAAAAGGCAUCCAGGCGACUGUGGACCUGCCUCUGCGGGAAUUCUUUGUAUUUCUUCAAUAACGCCAAGGACACUCAUUAUGUGGAGAAGCUGGACCUCAGUGGAUUUGUGUCCCUGAAAGACGACUGCAGCCGGGACAGAAACCUGGAGGCGGCCAGACUCAUCCUGCGCAUGAAGGAUGGGGAAACCAAACUUACAGCACCUAACUUAGAAUCAAGGGAGCUGUGGAAAGGUUUCCUCUACUCUGUCGUAGAUCUCAAUGUACCGUCCUGUCUCACGUUGCUGCCGGGCCAGCUGCAGAUGCUGAAGGAGGUGGUGGACAAAGAAAGGUCCAGGCGACGAACUCGCACUCCCACACGCGCUCCUCCCUCCCCGCUCUCCGUGCCUUUAGUAGGAGAGAUUCCACCGUGUUUUCGACCCGUGUCCCGAACAGAGGCUGAGGUCCUUCUAGAGAGACACCCAGACUGCGGCAACAUGUUGCUCCGUCCAGGAAGAGACGGAUGCUCGCUGGCUGUCACAACUCGACAAGACCUCAACGGGUCGGUGUUCAGACAUUACCGUGUGACUCAGAGGGACCAAGGUGGAUAUGUAAUUGAUGUAGAGAAUCCUAUUCCCUGUGCUACACUUCAUGAGGUCAUCGAUGCCCUGGUGGAGAAGACAGCAGGAACUCUACAACCUUUCCUACUGGAGGAGCCGUAUGAGGAGAAUAUCACAUAUGUUUCUGCCAAUGAUGAAAAUGGAGAAAGGAUCCUCCACACUGCCCCCACCAGCCCCCUGCCAAAGGCUCCUGCCCUGCCUCCAAAACAAGAUCGUUGGUCCAGUAGUCCCCUGUCCAGGUCCCCCGCCCCAGACCGUCGUAUCCUGACCUCACCAGUGCCGGCCUCGCCUACCAACCCAAUGAGACGACUCAUUCUCUCCCCUUCACCUCUUGCACAGACGCUCAACGAGGAGCUCAAAAUGAAACUGGAGAAGAGACGAGCCAGUCAGGAGUGACUCAACUCAAGAGGAACAACGUCCUGUCACAGCGUACUCACUCUUCAGUGCCAGACCCCUUCUCACCGCAGCUAUGUACUCAUCCUGUGCCUUCUAGGUGGAAGACAAGGGACUACAAAUACCGCCACUUUCUUUCAGUGCUUUGUCCACAUGCAUGAAACUGUUUACAGACUGCCUCAGAGCAACAAAAAAAUACUACAAAAAAUUAUUUUUGCCCAGAGUACAAACCACAAUAAGUAUUACUGGCAGCUAAAACCUACUGGAGAAGCACUGACACAUUCUGGACCACCAACUGAGCCUGAUGUUUUCCUGUCUGAGCCCUGUGUCUGUGUGCUGACCUGCUUAUGUUACCGCUGCGCCUGAGACAAUUUAUCUGCUCUGAAAGUAAAAUAAAGCAGGCGUGCUUAGGUUUCAGCUUGGUAAUUCUCCUCAUCCACCUUGUGACAUGACUGAGGAAAAAAAAAAUCAUCUGAACAUAGUUGAGCUGGCCAGAGGCUGAAACCCGCACAACCUCUGCCUGCUGCUCUGAGUGCUAUUUGUGAUUGAUAAGCAACCAUGAAUAUGUUGUUGAUUCAAAGACACAGCUGUGGUUCGUUUAAAAGCCAACUUGAACUGUAUCAUUGGUGCUUAUUUUAAAAGUGUUUCCUUAUUCUCUGCUACUGUGUAUGUGCUAUUGUACGGUGCUAUGACUCAACAGUGCUUGGAAACUCCAGGCGAUUUCUGUUCCUCUUCAAGAAAAUCAAUCUACUGUAUGUGAGGGUGCCCUCUAGUGGAAUGGCUGUCGACUGAACCCUUGUUAUCAGCACACUGCAGUCCUUGGGUAUUAACACUAGUGCCAGACCUUUGGCAUAGACAAACCCUUUUAUGUUGCAGACUGAACCUGGCAAAGGCGUUUGGCUUUAUCACAGUAUUACACCACGCCCUACCUCUUUACCUUCAAUAGCAAAAUUAGCAUUUGUUACAGAUCUGAGGGUGUUUCAACAAUAACAACUUGUAUUUCUACAUGGGUAACUUCUGACAUUUCUGUCAAGUAGUCAGUCCUUGCAGAUUUGUUGUGUCUGAGUACUAGUGUCAAAAUGUGAUCAACUGACUCGUGAAGUGUUUUUUUUUUACAAUGAACAGCUUCUUGUAUGUUUGUACAAUAUGUGAUGUGUCUAAUUGAUCACUAUCAAAGAAUAGUGUUUGUUAGAUAUUGAGGGCAUUAAAUUGUUUUGC